AUGACCAAUCCAGAUCAAUCACAGAUGACACUAUCCGUGUCCCCCGAACAACCCAUCGACCUGUCCAGCGGUUGGCCUAACCCCGCGCUGCUCCCCGCCAACCUACUCCGCACCUCUGCCACCGAGGCCCUCACCAACCCCUCCAUCAAAGACACAGCCCUACACUACGGGGCCGACGAAGGCUAUGAGCCUCUACGCACCCACAUCGCCGCGUGGCUGAGCACCUUCUAUCAGCCUUGCGCACCGAUCACCACCUCCCGUAUCUGCAUCACCGGCGGGGCAAGUCAGAACCUCGCCUGCGUCCUCCAAGUCUUCACCGACCCAGUCUACACCCGCAAUGUAUGGAUGGUGGCACCGACGUAUUUCCUGGCCGCGCGCAUAAUGGACGACGCCGGCUUCGCCGGUCGUCUACGAGGAAUCCCGGAAGAUGACGAAGGCAUCAAUCUAGACUUCCUCGAAGAGGGACUGCGGGCUGCGGAGGAAACCGCCCAGAAAGAGGGCAAUACCCAACCGAAGCUGAAACCCGUCAGGCCCUGGCGCAAGAUCUACAAGCAUGUUAUCUAUGCUGUGCCUACGUUCGCCAAUCCUUCUGGUAAGAUCAUGUCACUGCGGAGGAGAGAGGCGCUUGUUCGGAUUGCUCGGCGGUACGAUGCGCUCGUCGUCACGGACGAUGUCUAUGAUUUUCUACAGUGGUCGCCGACGCCGGAUGGACCGUUUGCCGAUCGCGCAUGCGUCCCGCGGAUCAUCGAUGUCGAUCGGUAUCUCGAUGGUGGCCCGGUCGAUGAAUGGGGACACGCAAUAAGUAAUGGUAGCUUCAGCAAACUCAUCGGGCCUGGUGUUCGAACUGGCUGGGCCGAGGCUUCGGAUAAGGUUGCCUAUGGGUUAUCACAGACUGGCUCGUCUCGAUCAGGUGGCGCCCCUUCACAUCUCUGUGCUGCUAUCAUAGACCAGCUCUUCCCAACAGGUAUGGUCGAUCACCUCCGGAAUAACCUGGUGCCCAGUUACGCUCGCCAGUACUAUGCCCUCACCUCCGCGAUCCACGAAUACCUCGUCCCACUAGGCGUUACUGUACCUCAGCCUGGAGCUCUGGCUGGUGGCUACUUUGUGUGGAUCAAACUGCCGGAAGGGCUACGCGCCACGCAGGUGGCUCAGCAGGCACAAGAGGCGAAACUCCGAGUAUCGCCUGGCGAUGUCUUCCAGGUCCCGAAUGAUCCGAGCGAUGCGCCAGUUGUGUUUUCAGACCACUUGCGCCUCUGCUUUGCGUGGGAAGAGUCGCGGCACUUGACGGAGGGAGUGCGUAGACUAGCGCGCGUUUUGGAGCGUAACGGUACUGUUCGUACCAAAUAG